GGUUAUUACAUUACUUGCAAGUUUUAAUUCAAGUUGUAAAGAUUUAAAACACGUUUAAAAUAUUUUUUUUUGAAAAAGAUGAAGAAAAUUGUAAUUUUCGGUUCCACUGGUAUGACUGGCCUCUGUGCCUUGGAGACAGCAGUAAAAAAAGGUCUGUCGGUGCGGGCAUUCGUUCGAGAUCCAGCGAAAGUUCCCGAGAGCUUGAGAGAUAAGGUGGAGAUAAUCGAAGGUAAUGUGUUGGAGCCGGAUUCCGUCGCUGAAGCGGUGGAGGGCGUGGACGGCGUGGUGGUAGCCCUCGGCACUCGCAAUAACCUGGACCCUACCUCCGACAUGUCCGAAGGCACCAAGAAUAUCAUUGACGCGAUGAGAGCUAAUAACGUGAAACCGAUUUCAGUAUGCUUAUCCGCAUUUUUAUUUUAUGACGAUGACAAAGUGCCGGCUCGAUUUGUUGACUUGAAUGAAGACCACAAGAGAAUGUACCAGGUGUUGAAGGACAGCGGACUCGAUUGGGUCGCCGUUUUCCCCCCACAUAUUGCUGACGAGCCCAGUAGGCAGAUCAUCGUCCAAGUGAACCCCACCACUUCUCCUGGUCGAACCAUCUCUAAACGGGACCUCGGAGCUUUCCUCGUCGAUUCGCUCUCCGAGCCGAAGUACUACAAGUCUGUCAUCGGCAUCACUAAUGUACCGAAACAAUAAUAUAAUGUAUUAGCAUUGUAAGGGUUAUAGGUGAUCUUUUUUAUUAUAUUUAAUACUUUCGUUUUCCAUUGCCAUGUUAAAUGCGUAAUUUUAGUCUACAUAGGUAUACCUCAUAAGAUUUAUAUGAAUGGAUUUAUGGUUGUAUAAUAAGACUGCGCAAUAGAGCGGUUAGUCAUUUAUUUUGUUAAAAAUAAAUAUUAGAAGUU